AUGCUGGGUGCUACCUAUGGCAAACCAGUGCAUCAUGGUGUCAACCAAAUCAAGUUCGCCCGCAGCCUGCAGUCCAUCGCUGAGGAGCGUGCUGGCCGUCACUGCGGUGCCCUGCGAGUGCUCAACUCCUACUGGGUGGGCGAGGACUCCACCUACAAGUUUUUCGAGGUGAUCCUGGUCGAUACCUUCCACAAGGCCAUCAGACGCAACCCAGACACCCAGUGGCUCACGAGAGCGGUGCACAAGCACAGAGAGAUGCGUGGCCUGACAUCGGCGGGUAAGAAGAGCCGCGGCCUGGGUAAGGGCCACAAGUUCCACCUGACCAUUGGAGGCUCCCGCCACGCAGCCUGGAAGAGGCGCAACACCCUGCAGCUGCACCGCUACCGUUAGAGCGUGCCAGGCGUGCCUGUACAUUUACAAAAAUAAACAGCUCUUUUUAUGGGUGA